AUGCGUCUUGCAACCUUGUACAAAGGGUAUCAAGCAAAGCUUGCUGCUCAUGAGACUGCACGCCAGUGCAUGUUGGUGACCGCAUGGGAAAUUGAGGAAACUGAGCACUUCCUUGAAUUCCUUGAUACUCUGCAUGUCGACAAUGAAGAACGGCUCGGAUUCACUCAAGAAGACUUAAACAUCUUUAGAAAGCUAUUUUCUGAGCGUGACCGUUCUGAUGUCAAUGACGACAGAGAUUAUCUUCAAGCUGUGUAUGAGGAUGAAAUGGAGAUUCUUCGUGUUGUCUUGCUACAAGCUGAGCAAUUCUCAAAGAUCUUAGGUGCACGUGUCAAGAAGGAUUUCUUGCAACCUGGAGCUAGAGGAUUGGGAUCCCCAUCACCUGAGCCUGGGGUUUCGGUUAGAGAUAAUCUGGUAUCCGCAGAUCUGGAAGAUAACUCACAGGUUUUGGUCAAUUCGGCAGCACAGUCCGCACACCCUUCCCAUACACCAUUAUUUGUAUGA